AUGUCUUGGAAAACUGCAUUGCAGACAUCAGCUACUAUCGCCUCACUUGCCAUUAUCAUCAAUGAGCUACGGAAAGUGUAUAUACAAGCAGCUACUGCGGCCAACAAGUCUUCCAGCUUAACAUCACUUCCCCCAAAAUCAAGAGGUAUCGAGUCGAGAAUCGGAAACACUGCCUUGAUCGAAAUAAAAUCCUUGUCAGCCAAAACAGGUUGCAAAAUCUAUUCCAAAUUGGAAUUGAGUAACCCAGCUGGGAGUUCAAAAGAUCGCGUAGCAUUGGCAAUCAUACGGGCAGCUGAAUCAAACAACCAAUUAGUGCCACAUCAACAAAAUGUCAUUUUUGAAGGAACAUCGGGAUCUACGGGCAUCAGCUUUGCCGUGUUGGCUAAUGCAUUGGGAUAUACUGCUCACAUUUGUCUUCCUGAUGAUACUUCGCCAGAGAAACUACAGCUACUUGAAGCAUUGGGAGCUGAGGUUGAAAAAGUGAAGCCUGCUAGUAUCGUCGACCCUAAUCAGUACGUAAAUGCAGCAAAGAGAGGUGCUGAUGCCAUCAACAACGACUCGACAAACAAUGGUAGAAAGGCCAUAUUUGCCAAUCAAUUUGAAAAUGAUUUCAAUUGGAGAAUCCAUUACACCACCACGGGACCCGAAUUGAUCAAGCAAUUGGAACGUAUAGACGUGUUUAUAAAUGGAAGUGGUACGGGUGGCACUAUUGCCGGUGUAGGCCGAUGUUUAAAAGAACACAAUCCAGCGACUAAAGUCGUAUUAGCUGAUCCACAGGGGAGUGGGCUUGCCAAUAGGAUAAAUUUUGGCGUCAUGUAUGAUUCGGUGGAAAAAGAAGGUACAAGGCGAAGACACCAGGUUGAUACACUAGUUGAAGGUAUUGGUCUUAAUCGUCUCACGUGGAACUUCAAACAAGGAGAGCCAUACAUUGACGAGGCGGUUAGAGUCACUGAUGAUCAAGCGUUGAGGAUGGCAAAGUACUUGUGUAUUAAUGAUGGAUUAUUCUGGGGUAGCUCGGCAGCAAUUAAUUGUGUUGCUGCUGUUAAGACGGCUUUGAAAUAUGGACCGGGUCAGAAUAUAGUUGUUGUUGCUUGUGAUUCUGGUGAUCGGCAUUUGUCCAAGUUUUGGAAGCAUGCAGUGAACAUACCUAAUGAUAUUUCAUUGGAGGAUGUCUUGAGAUAA